AUGAACCGCCUUGCUUUCAUUUUCCCCUUUCUGUUCUUCGCUAUCGUUCCGGCCACAGUGGGAAUCCGCAAGCUCCCGGCCACAACUCGCAAGCCGCAACUCACGGAUUAUAAGGCGUGCUUCGCAACUUGCAGUAUAGCACUGUAUCAGGAGAACAAACUCAACCAUACCACCAGAUCGGUCACGUGUUACAAGAGGUGCAAGAAGCAGCAGACAAAGGAAGAGAAAGAAGAAUUUUGGCAAGACAUGGCUUCACUGCCAAAAGAGAAAAAAGGGCUCAUUAAGAAACUGAUAAGAUCACCAAGAGUGAAAUAAGGAACAUCAACUAUUGCAA